ACAUUGUCUACCUACCUAGGUACCUAUAGCCAUGGCCAAUUGAAUAACUCGACGUGCAGCCCCUCCAAAUUGAAUCUGGACCUUUUUUGGGAGGACGAGCUUCAAGAAUAUCCAAGAAUAGCUUCAAACAGCUUUAAUUACCUUAGGUAACAAUCGAAGCUCGUGAAAUUGGGAAGGUCCAUUUCUUAUUUCCAAAGUCUCUUGUUGUUGUUUUUUCCUCCUCCCUGAUCUCGCGUGCCCAAGAUGACUACCAACGUCGCCCUGGAGACCUCUAUGGGCAUAAUUACCGUCGAGCUCUACACUACCCACGCGCCCCGUACCUGCGCCAACUUCCGCACCCUCGCCGCACGCGGGUACUACGACGGGUGCGUCUUCCACCGGGUGAUACCCAACUUCAUGGCCCAGACGGGGGACCCGACGGGCACCGGACGCGGCGGCACCUCCAUCUACGGUGACAAGUUCGAGGACGAGAUCGCCCCGGACCUGCGCCACACGGGCGCGGGCGUCCUGAGCAUGGCCAACGCCGGCAAGGACACCAACGGCUCCCAGUUCUUCCUCACCCUGGCCCCGACCCCCUGGCUCGACGGCAAGCACACCAUCUUCGGCCGCGUCAAGUCCGGCCUCGCCGUCCUCAAGCGCCUGGGUAUGGUCAAGACCGGCGCCGACGAUAGACCCGUCGAGGAGGUCAAGAUCAUUAGGGCGAGGGUGCUGGAUAAUGAGGAGGAGUAGGCUGUUUUGAUAUACAGGUUUUGUUUCUGAUCUAAUUAACUGUGUGCUUGCCACAUUUAUCACGAGGACUUAACAAACUACGGCCAAGGGGAUAUACAUAUGAUAUGCAUAAGCUGGCGUUUUUCGGAGUUUACAGAAGAGAAAUGCUCACUGUUUUAGGUAGACAUGGAGAUACCAAAUCACAUAACA